UCUGCUUUAUAGUAUCGAUAACAUUUACAUACAAUAAUGAGUAAAUUAAAGUGUAGUGUAAUUCAAAAAUAGAAAGAAAUUAUGUCCAGUGACUUACGAUGUAAAGAAAUAAUAUUUUAUGAGUGAUAAAUUGGAAAACAAAUAGUUUACAUGAUGGUCAUAAAAGUAAAUAAACUAUAAACAAUUUUUUACCUACUCCAAGUAAAAUAACCUUGAGUGGAACGGAUAAUAGAAAUUGCAGGAAUGACAGCAAUUCAAAGAAAAUUUUAAUAUUUACCUAAAUUUGGAAAUAAAUAAGGGAUAUACAAGCGACUACAACUAACCAUUUCAAUAAUAAGGUGGAUUUGAUCGCCCAGUUGAAGGAGCGAUUGUGGAGAUGAAUUUUGUUCUUAGUGUGUUGUUAAUAGCAAUUCUUAAAGAUAAAUAUGAACACUGGCUGCCAUCAAGGGCAGGUUGUCAAACCCUGGCAGCAAAUAUAUGGUCUGACAAAACGACUGUGCAAAAUGAGCCCAUCAAUUUUACUAAUGCAAAUGCGCCGAUAAAAAAUGAUAAGAAUCUAAAUUCUACCAUUACAAACGUAGCUACGUUUGACACUACAUUGAAUCACCUGUUAGUGGACACCAUUACUGGACGAGUCUUUGUUGGUGGUGUUAACAGGUUGUAUCAAUUGUCGCCUGAUUUGGAGCUUUCCGAAACUGUAAAAACGGGGCCUCAAAAUGAUUCCGUUGAGUGUAGCAUCCUUGAUUGUCCAUUAAAUGCCGUUCGCAGUCCAACGGACAAUUAUAAUAAGGUCUUGCUCAUUGAUCGUGCAACUUCUAGACUUAUUGCAUGCGGAUCACUAUUCCAGGGUACAUGCACAGUUCGUAAUCUUCAAAAUGUCAGCAUAAUUGAGCAUGAAGUUCCUGAUGCUGUUGUGGCAAAUGAUGCCAACUCCUCAACCGUAGCAUUUAUAGCGCCGGGACCUCCCCAACACCCGGUGACAAAUGUGAUGUACGUCGGAGUUACUUACACAAAUAAUUCACCGUACCGAAGUGAAAUACCAGCAGUUGCAUCGCGCUCCCUUGAAAAGACGAAAAUGUUUCAGAUUGCUUCUUCGGCAGUUACAACUGGAACGAGAACUUUUAUAAAUUCAUACGCACGUGAAACAUAUUUUGUAAACUAUGUUUAUGGAUUCAGUUCUGAGCGAUUUUCUUACUUUCUGACAACACAAUUAAAGCACAGUCACCACUCUUCUCCUAAAGAGUACAUAACGAAACUCGUACGAAUAUGUCAGGAAGACUCAAACUAUUAUUCUUAUACUGAAAUACCAGUCGAAUGUAUAAGUGAUGUUCAAGGCGGUACUAAAUUCAACUUGGUUCAGGCUGGAUAUUUAGGAAAACCUAGCUCAGACCUGGCUCAAAGCCUAGGUAUAUCUAUUCAGGAUGAUGUCCUCUUUGCUGUUUUUUCAAAAGGAGAUGGGAACACACCAACGAACAAUUCUGCACUUUGCAUUUACUCAUUAAAAUCUAUUCGUCGUAAAUUUAUGCAAAACAUAAAAUCCUGUUUUAACGGGAAUGGGAUGAGAGGCCUGGACUUUAUAUCUCCCAGCAUGCCAUGUGUGCUUACGAAACUACAAACCAUUGGAGAGGACUUUUGUGGACUAGAUGUCAACUCACCUUUAGGAGGAGAAAAUCCGAUUACUUCAGUACCGGUGGCCAUGUUUAACACCAAGCUAACUUCAGUUGCUGCUACGAGUACAAGCGGUUAUACCGUUGUCUUCGCAGGGACCAGCGAUGGAUUCCUCAAGAAAGUUGUAAUCGAGUCUUCAUCUGUUGCCAACGAGUAUGCCAGUUUUUCUGUGGACUUAGGGUCCGAAAUUAAUCGGGAUAUGCAGUUUGACAACCAAAACCUUUAUAUGUAUGUCAUGUCCAAAACAAAAGUAUCAAAGGUUAAAGUAUUUGAUUGCUCUGAUUACAAGACAUGUGGAGAUUGCUUGGGUGCUAGAGAUCCAUAUUGUGGCUGGUGCUCCUUGGAAAACAAAUGUAGCCCACGUUCCAAUUGUCAGGACGACGCUAAUGAUCCUCUGUAUUGGGUCAGCUAUAAAACAGGAAAGUGCACAAUAAUAACAAGUGUUGUGCCACACCAGCUACAACGUACUACAGCUCGAACCUUAGAGCUCAUCAUAGAUCAUUUGCCUCAGCUAAAAGAGAAUUUAAUUUGUGCUUUUACUACAGAGGAUAAAGCCCUUUUCACUAAUGCAACAAAAAAACGAAAUGGGGUAAACUGCACGACACCGCGAACGGAUAUGCUACCACAAAUUGAACAGGGAAAACAUCACUUUACUGCCAAACUAUCUGUGCGGACUAGAAAUGGACCAGACUUAGUGUCCACGGACUUUACUUUCUUUGAUUGCAGUACACACUCUUCAUGUACACGUUGUGUGUCCUCGGAGUUUCCAUGUGAUUGGUGUGUUGAAGCUCACAGAUGCACACACGACACAGCUGAAAAUUGUCGCAACGAUAUUUUAGUAACAGGCGUUAGCCGUAUAGGUCCUAGUUACAGAUCAGGUCCUGGAUUUUGUCCAACGAUCAACGCUACCGGAGAUGGAAGUGAAGUACUUGUCGCUGGUGGUACAAGCAAAUCUAUUAAAGUAAAAGUUCAUAUUAUUGGCCAAUUUAUAGUUCAAACGAGAUUCGUAUGUCAAUUUAAUAUUGAGGGACGUGUAACGAGUUUAAACGCUCAGUUGUUAGGUGACACCAUUUACUGCGAUAGCAUGGAAUUUCAGUACACUUCUAGAUCGCCAAAUUUGACAGCAACUUUUGCUGUUAUAUGGGGUGGAUCCAAGCCACUUGACAAUCCUCAUAAUAUACAUGUUGUAAUAUAUCGAUGUCGAGAAAUGGCCGACAGCUGUGGAAUAUGUUUGGCCCUAGCUGAAAAGUAUAAUUGCGGAUGGUGUUCGUCUACUAAUACAUGCGAAGUUGAAGAACAAUGUAACAAAAACAAAGAGGGGAAAACAGAUUGGCUAAAUCGAAGCGAAAUUUGCCCAAACCCUGAAAUUCAUACAUUCGAACCAAAAACAGGUCCCUGGGAAGGAGGAACAAAUAUAACAAUACGAGGAAUUAAUUUAGGCAAAAACUAUAAUGAUAUUUAUUCAGGAGUUCGAAUUGCUGGUAUAAAUUGUAUGCCAUUUCCUCAAUUUUAUAUUGACACAAAGCAAAUAGUAUGUACUGUGGAUAGUCCUGGGGAACAGAUGUAUAGAAAUGGCAAAAUAGUUGUACAAAUAGGGGACUAUCGUGGUGAGUCUAAAGAGGACUACGAGUUCGUUGACCCGAAAAUUUUGGAUUUUAAUCCAAAGUUUGGUCCAACUUCAGGUGGAACUGAAAUACAUAUAACUGGAAAGCACUUAAAUGCCGGCUCUCGCAUACAGGCAUCCAUAAACGAUCACUUAUCUUGUAAAAUACUGAGCACAGAUUCAUCUCAAGCAAUAUGUCGCACAUCUCCUUCCCCUGGUAUCAUUGAAGGAAGACUCAAAAUGUCUUUUGAUAAUGGGCCCCGUGAGUUUAAUGAUUACAAUUUUAAAUAUGUUUUGGAUCCUACAAUUGAACACGUUAGUUCUGGACCAAGUGGGCAAAUAAAAGUACCAAAGGGAAUACCAGCAGGCGGCAUUCGAAUUUCUGUAACUGGUACCCAAUUUCAAAGUAUACAAACUCCUAACAUUUAUGUGGUGUACAAUGGAGAGAUGUAUGUAAGCCCAUGUCGGGUCCAAUCAGAUACGGAAAUGGAAUGUGCAUCUCCAGUUGUUGAUGUGGACAGCAAUAUUAUUGAAGCGGAAAGGCCAAUUCUUCUUGAAUAUGGGUUCCUAAUGGACAAUGUAUUGCGUGUUCAAAAUUUAUCUAAGAUUCAUAACAACCAUUUUGAGCUUUAUCCAAAUCCGGAGUACUUCAUAUUCGAAGAAAGAGUUAAGUACUUUAAGAGUGAAUACCUAACCAUUAAUGGUCGAAAUUUGGAUCGCGCUUGCAAAGAAAGUGAUGUAGAAGUAAAAAUAGGAAAUGGAUUUUGCAAUAUUACAUCGCUUUCAAGACAACAGCUAACAUGUAGGCCCCCUUCUGAAGCAACCGCAACAAAAAGCAUCAAUGGUCCUGAAGUUAUUGUUCGCAUUGGAGCUUCGCUAGAGUAUCGUAUAGGUAUACUUAGCUACGAAUCGUCUAACAUCAUUUUGGAUUGGGGAGAAAAUGUAAUUUUCGCUGUAAUAGCCACAAUUGUAAUCUUACUGCUAAUUUUUGUCGCUUUGCUUGUUGCAUAUAAAAAGAAAAGUUCGGAAUCAAACAGAGUUCUUCGAAACAUGCAAGAGCAGAUGGACAUACUGGAGUUACGCGUCGCAGCUGAAUGUAAAGAGGCGUUUGCCGAACUUCAAACCGAGAUGACCGAUCUUACAGGCGAUCUUACAUCUGGAGGUAUUCCAUUUUUAGAUUAUCGGUCAUAUGCAAUGAAGAUUCUUUUUCCCAAUCAUGAAGAUCACAUUGUACUGCAAUGGGAACGUCCUGAACUUCUUCGGAAAGAAAAGGGCUUGCGCAUUUUUGGACAACUUAUCAUGAAUAAAACCUUUCUGCUACUUUUUAUUCGAACCUUAGAGUCAAACCGAUAUUUCUCAAUGCGAGAACGAGUUAAUGUGGCCUCCUUAAUAAUGGUAACUCUGCAAUCCAAAUUAGAAUAUUGUACAGAUAUAUUAAAAACUUUAUUGGGAGACUUGAUUGAAAAAUGUAUAGAAGGAAAGAGUCAUCCAAAGCUCUUACUACGACGAACUGAAAGUGUGGCAGAAAAAAUGUUAAGUGCUUGGUUUACUUUCCUUCUUUACAAGUUUUUAAAGGAAUGUGCUGGCGAGCCUUUAUAUAUGCUUUUCCGAGCUGUAAAGGGACAAGUAGACAAGGGUCCUGUAGAUGCUUGCACACAUGAGGCAAGAUACUCCCUAAGUGAAGAAAAACUUAUUCGACAGUCUAUUGAUUUCCGACCAAUGAACGUUUACGCAAGUAUUAUACAGCAGCCAAUAUUUUGCAACAACUUGGACAUGUUACCUUCUCACACCGAAAACGUAUCGGUUAAGGUAUUGGAUUGCGAUACAAUUGGACAAGUAAAAGAAAAAUGUUUGGAAACAAUUUAUAGAAACAUUCCAUCAAGCCAAAGACCUCGCAAGGAUGACUUAGAUUUAGAAUGGAGAACAGGAGCUACUGGGCGAGUAAUUCUGUACGAUGAGGACGUAACAUCAAAAACAGAGAGCGAAUGGAAAAAACUAAACACUUUGCAGCAUUAUAAUGUUCCAGAUGGAGCUGGGCUGAGCUUAGUACCAAAGCAAAGUUCGAUUUAUAACUUUAGUAUUUUGUCGGACAAAAAUGAAAAAUCGCACAACCGCGCCGGAAGUCCUCUUAACAAUGAUAUGCAUGAAAAUGGUCUGAGAUACUGGCAUCUAGUGAAACACCAUGAUAGUGAUAUGCAAAAAGAAGGGGAACGGGUUAACAAAUUGGUGUCAGAGAUUUACUUAACCAGGCUAUUGGCUACUAAAGGAACACUUCAGAAAUUUGUAGAUGAUCUCUUUGAAACAAUAUUUAGCACCGCUCAUCGUGGAUCGGCACUGCCAUUAGCUAUAAAGUACAUGUUUGAUUUUCUUGACGAUCAAGCUCAGUUGCAUGGAAUAACUGAUCCAGAAGUUGUGCACACUUGGAAAAGUAACAGCUUACCAUUGCGGUUUUGGGUGAACUUAAUUAAAAAUCCUAAUUUUGUUUUUGACAUCCAUAAGUCAAACAUAGUGGACUCCUGUCUGUCAGUAGUAGCUCAAACAUUUAUGGACUCUUGUUCAACUUCUGAUCAUCGAUUGGGUAAAGACUCACCAAGUUCGAAACUUCUUUAUGCAAAAGAUAUACCAGAGUAUCGAAAAUGGGUAGAUCGCUAUUAUAGAGACAUUCGGGAUAUGUCCCCCAUUUCAGAUCAGGACAUGAACGCCAUGCUUGCAGAAGAGUCAAGGUUGCACACAACAGAAUUUAAUACAAAUUGUGCUUUACAUGAGCUAUACACAUAUGCUGUGAAGUACAAUGAACAGCUAACCGUUACCCUAGAAGAAGAUGAAUUUUCGCAAAAGCAGCGAUUGGCCUUUAAAUUGGAGCAAGUUCACAACAUAAUGUCGGCAGAAUAAAAACUGCGCUAUCCUACCAAGAUGACAACAAAAUACAAAAAGUGAGCUUAUUUUCAAGCUUCUAGUUCUUAGAGUCACUAUUUAUUAAGCAGGACUGUCUUCAUAUACAACACAAGUAAUUUAUUUAUUUAUUCUGAAUGUCAACAUCAUACGGUAAAUUCGUGUUUGCAUUCCUUUUUUAUACAUAAUUAUACACAUAUCUUAUUAAAGUAACUACAUACUUUUUUCGGUAUAUCUUCAAAAUUAAAAAGGGAUUUUAAUAUUCCUUAAAUUAAACAACAAAAUUGUAUUGAUCAUCAGUUUAAAAAACCUUAAAAAACGAUACAUAUGAUAUAAAAUUUAUAGGGCAAUACUUUAAUAUAUAUAAAACAUUCAUUUGCGCAAAAUAUUUUAUUUCCGAAUACAUUUAUAAAAUAAUAUAUAUAACAAUCACUCUUCAGUUUUAAGGAUUUAUGUAUAGUUGCGACCCCGAAAUGCUGUCUGUUUUGACAUUAUUUUUCAAUUUAAAUAUUGAUUUUCUUACCCGUUAGUCGUAGAAAGCUGUGCAUCUGUUACAACUAUUAGGCUUUACAAUGCGUUUUUCCUAUUUUCUUUUUGUACGAAUGGCAGAAGAACAAAAUUGUCUUAACUGAGUCUUCACCGUUGUCGCUUCGAUUAACUCUAGAGCGCUAUCACCCAUUAUAUAUUUUUUUGUUUUAUUUAUAAUUAUUUGAAACAAUCAAAAGUAGAGCGAACAUCAUUCUAAUUCUAUGUAAUUGCGAAGGUUUCCUGAACAAUGCAAAUACUGAACCAUUUCUAAUAUAUUCUUUU